CUCGUGGAAUGGAUCAUACCUAUGUUAGUGUAAUCACUGGAGUUGGGAGUUUUUGUGAAAAAUUAUAAAAAUAUGUUUUUGUUCUGAUUGUCUAAUGGAUUAUUUUUGAUUGGUGAAAGUGGUUUGAAAAAUUGAAGAAAUUUAUCAAAUACCUCGUGGAGCAAUUAACUUAAAGGAAUAUCAAGUUUAAUAGUCAAUACCUGAGUGUUUAAAGGGCUAGCCUUGCAAUGUGAUUGAUUUUGUUAUCUACUAGGAGUUUAAAUUUUUGUGAAAAAUAUAAAAUAUUUACUGUAAAAUGGGUGGAAGACAUCCGUUCAAGUACCGAUUCCAUUGGAUUUGUUUAAUUAGUUUAAUUGUGUAUUUAGAAAGUGUUCUAGGAUGUCCUACAGAAUGUGUUUGUCAGGGUAAAAAUGUGGAUUGCAGUUACAGAAAACUGUCAUAUGUACCUACAAAUAUCCCAAAAGACACACAAAAGUUAGAACUCCAAGGAAACAAUUUGACAAUUAUGAGGAAGAAUGAUCUCCAGGGUCUGAGACAUUUAAAAGUAUUGCAAUUGUUAGAAAAUCAAAUCCAGACAAUAGAAAGAGGCGCGUUCCGUGACCUUGUCCUCAUGGAAAGGCUGAGAAUAGACAGAAAUAAGCUAGACAAUAUCCCUGAUGAACUGUUCUCUGAAAUGCCAAACUUGGAGAGAUUAGAUUUGAGUUACAACAAACUACAAUCUAUCAACAGAAAAUCUCUACAGGGUUCUCUAAGUUUAAGAAAUUUACAAUUAGACCACAACCAGAUAAUCUGUAUAUCAGAAGAGUCACUUAGACCAUUGAAAAAGAUGGAAAUUUUAACAUUGAACAACAACAACCUAACAACAUUACCACGAGGACUCUUCGAUCACAUGACAAAUCUCAGAAUAUUACGAUUGAUCAACAAUAACUUCAUGUGUGAUUGUCAUUUACUUUGGUUGCCAAGAUAUCUGAGGUCACAUCGAGGCCUGGGUCUCUACACUGAAUGUGAUUCACCGUCACGACUCCAGUCCAUAGAGAUGGUAGAUAUUCCAGAGUCACAGUUCAAAUGUCAAGGCAUGGACAGUUACAAAGCACCAAAAUGUGGAGUAGAGGCCCGAUGUCCUAGUAAAUGUAGAUGUAUGGAGGGUGUGGUCGACUGUAGAGAUUUGGGACUGACAGCAAUCCCUACCAAUCUACCAGAAGACACCAUCGAAAUACGUAUGGAACAGAACCAUAUAGUCCAUAUCCCAUCAGGAGCUUUCAGUGACAUGAAGAGACUCAGACGAAUUGAUCUCAGCAACAACCAAAUAUCCAAGAUUGAUUCUGAUGCUUUUGCUGGACAGUUAUUUCUCAAUUCUUUAGUACUUUAUGGUAACAAGAUAGUAGACCUACCACAUGGUGUAUUUAAUGGUCUUUCAUCACUACAGUUACUAUUAUUAAAUGCCAACAAGAUCAAGUGUAUCAGGAAGGAUGCUUUCAAAGACCUGUAUAAUCUUAAUCUUCUAUCAUUAUAUGAUAAUCAGAUUCAAUCACUUGGCAAUGGAACCUUUGUACCUCUACAGAAUAUUCAGACAUUGCACCUUGGAAGAAACCCUUUUAUCUGUGACUGUAACCUAGGUUGGCUGGUAGAGUACCUGAUUAAGAACCCUAUAGAAACCAGUGGUGCUCGAUGUGAAAGUCCUCGUAGAAUGGAGAGAAAGAAAAUAGCUUCAGCUAAAGUCAGCAAGUUUAAAUGUAAAGGUGCAGAAAAUCACAGAACAGAGAAUGCCGGUAACUGUAUGGUAGACAUGGCCUGUCCUGACUCAUGUGUGUGUCUUGGUACUGUAGUGGACUGUUCUGGACGAGGACUUACAGCUAUCCCCAAAGGCAUCCCCACUUACACUACAUCAUUGAAGUUGAACAAGAACAAGCUAACAAGAAUAGAUUCACUGUCUGAAAUGUUGACCCUGCUAGAUGGCUUACGAUCCAUAGAUUUCAGUAAUAAUCUGAUAGAUUCUAUACAUGAUAUGGCUUUUGAUGGGGCCAAUAAACUAUUAGAAAUAAAUCUAGCAGACAACAAACUAAGUAAAGUUUCGAUGAAGAUGCUGUAUGGACUAAGAUCAGUGCAUACCAUUUCUUUGGACAAGAACCAGAUAACAUGUAUAAGUAAUACAACAUUUUCAGAGAUGCCAAAUCUCCGUCACCUGUCAUUGUUUAAUAAUCAGAUCAGAUGUGUGAUGGAGGGUGCGUUUGAUAAACAACAUUAUUUAGCACGUUUGAAUGUUGAAGGUAACCCAUUUAAUUGUAACUGUCACCUGGGCUGGUUACCUGAGUGGUUGAGUAUGAGGAACAUUAUAACUGGUAACCCAACUUGUAAUGCCCCUCAUCAGUUUAAGGACUCCGCUAUCACAGAUCUCAAGGCCAAAGACUUUAUUUGUGAAGAGAGUAGUGAUAGAGGAUGUAAUAUUGGUAUACCUCCCUGCUGUAGUGAUGGUCCACUAGAGUCAGUUGACAGUUGUCACCCUAGAGCCUUUUGUCCACCUAGCUGUACUUGUACUGGUACUGUGGUUAGAUGUAGCAGAAAGGACUUGAGUACUAUUCCUAGUGGGAUACCACAAGAUACAACAGAAUUAUACUUGGAUGUAAACAAGAUAACUCACCUGACUACAGAAAUAGGGUCACUGACAAACCUCAGAAGACUAGAUCUGAGUAACAAUCUCCUGGUAACCUUGCCUGAGAAUAUCUUCAGUAACUGUACACAAUUAACAGCAUUAAUAUUGAGUUAUAACCAUUUAGAAUGUAUGGCAGACACUACUUUAUCCUCUCUCAAAAGACUUAGAGUUCUAUCAUUACAUGGUAACAAUUUCUCCACCAUCCCAUACGGAGCCUUCAAAGAUCUCAUUUCUCUCACUCAUUUAGCUUUAGGAGGAAACCCUUUCUACUGUGACUGUAAUUUGAAAUGGUUGUCAGAUUAUAUCAAGAAAGACUAUGUUGAGUCUGGUAUAGCAUCCUGUGCUGGACCCCUACAGAUGACCAACAAGCUUAUCUUGACCACAGAUUCUACAGCAUUCCAGUGUAAUACAAAAGAAGAUUCUGGACUCCUCAGUAAAUGUAAUGCCUGCCACAAGAACCCCUGUCUCCAUGACGGAACCUGUCAGCUUCAAGACUUCAAGAACUUUACUUGUCAGUGUACACCUGGUUACUAUGGCAACACAUGUCAAAAUGAAAUCAACGCUUGUUUUGGUAAUCCCUGUGUGAAUAAUGGAGAAUGCAGUGUGUUACAUCAUGGAAGAUUUCAGUGUGCAUGUCCUAAUGGUUUUCGAGGAGAGAGAUGUGAAGAAAAUAUAAAUGACUGUGUUCAACACAGAUGUCAGAAUAAUGCCACAUGUGUUGAUGGAAUACAGGCCUAUACAUGUAAAUGUACCAUGGGAUUUAAUGGUAAACACUGUGAAUCCAAGAUUCCUUUUUGUCAAGGUGUUUACAAUUUUUGUCAAAAUGGAGCCAAAUGUAUCAGCACAGACCAUGAUUAUAGAUGUCAAUGUACAAAAGACUGGUCUGGUAAAAACUGUUCUGAGAACAUCGAUGAUUGUAAAACUCACAUCUGUCAGAAUGGAGGCCGAUGUAUUGAUGGUGUGGGAACAUAUAACUGUCUCUGUUCUAAAGGUUAUACUGGUAAAUACUGUGACGUACCUCCAGCAAGGAAACAGUUCUAUGCUGCUGCUGGUCCCUGUCAGCACCACGACUGUCAGAACAACGCUGUAUGUCAUCCACAGAAAGGCAAUAGAGAAUACUCUUGUGAAUGUGUGUCAGGCUUUUCAGGCAAAAAAUGUGAGAAAUUAAAGAGUGUGACAUUCAAAGCAGAAGAUUCCUAUAUUCAAAUGUCCAAGAUAGAUUUUCAGUCGGAAGUUAAUAUCACCAUUUCCCUGAAAACAGAAUCAAAGUCUGGACUUAUCUUCUACACAGGAAGUGAACCCCAUUUAGCUGUGGAACUGUUCCGUGGUCGAGUAAAAAUAAGUUUUUACACUGGUGAUGAUCAUGCUUCCACCAUGUACAGUUAUAUUUACAGUUUUGUAACCAUUGACGAUGAUAAGAUUCAUAAAAUACAAUUAAUGGUACAGAGACGUAAUAUUACCAUGACGAUUGAUGACGGGAAGCCACAAAGUGUAAUUAACCAAGGGAAUAAUGAUUUUCUUAAUCAUGAUGAGGAUGUCUAUCUUGGUGGAAUGCCACAAGAUGUAGGACAAGCGGCAAAAGAUAAAUUCCAUACACGUAAUCUGGCAAGUUUUAAAGGUUGUUUCCAAGAAGUAUCUGUGAACGGGAAAGUAUUGGAUUUCACUGCAUCUAUUUAUAACCACAAAGUAAUGCCAGGAUGUAAAGUUGAUGUUUGCCAUAAUAAUCGGUGUAAAAAGGGACAUUGUAAACCAAGGAAAAAGAGAGGUGGUUACAGGUGUAAAUGUAAGAGAGGAUAUUCAGGAAAAUUCUGUGAUAUUGCACCAUCAUGUUCCCGUAAAGUUUUCAAAAAUAUUUAUGUUGAUCCAAAAACAAACUGUCAAUCACGGACAAAAAUAAAAUUCCGCGUUUGUGAAGGAUCCUGUGGAAAAGACUGUUGUAAACCUAAAAAAAUCAAAACACGGAAAGUGAGACUAUAUUGUAAAAAUGGUUCAUCGUAUGUACAUAACUUACCUGUAAUUAGAAGGUGUGGAUGUAAAAAAUGUUAGCCAUAUGUGUAUCUUAUAUUGAGAUAAAACUGCAGCAGACGACAUACUGUGACAAUGUCAGAUGGUGGGCAGGAGGGCGGGAUCUUCGAAAUAUUUCAAGUUUCUGGAAUAGAUUUGACCAGGUAUAACAUAUCAGAGAAGAACACAAGUUAUGUCAGAAUGAAGACACAUUUUAAAGUCAUGAGGUUGUACCUGAAACCUUAUAAUUUGUUCAUUGGUACUGAAAUAAACUUUUGUUUACAAGUCAAACAAAAUGGCUGUUGUUAUUGUUAUUGUUUAUUUUUAUUAUUAUUGUGACACAAAGUUGUAAACAAUUUCCUGUAAAUUGUUGUGCUUUUAUAUAUGUGUAUUGAACAGAGAUUAUCUGCCUAUAUCAUAGGUAGUUACUUACAUGUUAAAGGGAAGUAGCUCCUGACUGUCAAAUUAAAGGGAAGCAACUCCUGAAUGUCAAACAUUACAGCAGAAAUACCACCAUUAUCAUACAUAGACAGGCCAUAGUGAUGAAAAUCUACCUCAGUUUAACCAAAUGUAUAAGGAUAUGUUAAAUGUUGUAUUUCAUUACAGUAACAAGUCUUCAUGUUAAAAUCCAAAACGCUGUACUUCCCAAAAGUAUGAAUCUUGAUCGUUCCAAUCUCAAAACAUUUACUUGUAGCUUUUCAUGACUUGAUUUAAGUUCAAGGAUAAAAACAAUGAAUAGUUAAAAUCCUUAAUUGUAUGUUUAUGGGCAUUAAAUACACAAAAGCCCUGAUUUUUAUAGGAAUAGAUUAAAUUCACUAUUCUUCAUGUUUAUACUUUAAAAUACACAAUUAUGCUAAAUUGAGGAAUAUUUGUGGAUGAACAUGAUUAUAACUAAAUUUAGUUUUGAACUUCCACAUAUAAAAAAACUUGUUGUUUGACUUGAGGUAAACUUUUAUGUACAUUGCAUCAUUUUAGAUUUGUAUUACAUGUAUUUAUUUAUUAUAAUGUACAUUUCGUUGUUUAUAUUUGUGAAAUUUUAAAAGUAUACACAAUGUAAAUAGUUGUAAUUACAUGUGAAUAUUAUAUGUUAUUGUGAUUUAUAAUGAAGCUUUUAUUGUCCUUUUUUAUCCCUUAGAAUACAAUAUUAAAUGCAAUAUUUGCACAGAUUUCUGGUCCAAAUAAGAUUCAACUUUGAAAAGCUAUGAAAAAAUCUUAUUGGUCAAAAACAGAGUGACCUAAUAAAAAUACCAUAUCAAUAGAACAGUUACAGUUAUUGCUAAAUGUAUUGAUGACCUUAUAUAAAAAUCCUUUUAAAUUUGCUAAACAAGCCAGUUACUAAAUUUUUAAAGAAAAUUAUAGGUAUUCCACUUCAUAAAAUCUGAACUCCCCAUAUAUCUAUAUUGUCUAAUUGUGAUUAAACCUCAUUCAAUAGGUUGUAUUGUUUUUGAAUGUUUCUGUCAUGCUUCAUGAUGUUAUUACUGCUGAUGUAUUUCUAAUCAUUUAUUUUGUAAUUUUUUCAUGUGACAGAUCAUCUCAGUCCUUUUUGUGACUUAUUUAUUUGUAUGUCACCUAAUUUUUUUUAUGAUAAGUGUAACCAGAUAAUCAUAGAUUCUGUGAAUUCAAACGUACUUUUUUAUUGUCUGGAAAAAAAAGUGGUUUCAUUUAAACUUUUGGUACCAACUUUAGUGCUAACAAAAACAUGCUUUCAUAUUUUUUUUAUCUCUCUCUCUCAUUUGAGCUCACCAUUGGUAAACACCAUGUAAGCUAUUGCUAUCACUAAGUUUUUAUCAUUAUCCUUCCAAAAACAUUAUAUAUGUUGAUCUUUGUAAAAAUCCUCGGGGGGGAGGGGGUCCACUUCCUAUAUACAAGGUAAUAGGACAUGCCGCUGGAAUAGGUCACCCUUUUAAAGCUUGAAAAUAUGUGAAUAGGUCGGAGAAAACUAUCAGAAAUAUAUUUUAAGGUCAAUAAAGAUUUUAUAACUUAUUUACUUAGUCAUCUUUUUUUUUGUUUAUGUUUCUCAAUCUGGCUGUGUUUUUAUCAAAAAUGUUUUUUUCUUUUGACCUAAGCAAUAUAUGAAAAGGUAUACCAUUUCAAAAUUUUAAUUAUAUGAAAAGGGUGGGUUAACAGAACCUCUGCAGCACCCCCUAUCAUUUAAGCAUUUAAGUGUCCCCCCCCUGAAAUUAAAAUCAUUUAACAGAAUGCAGAAAACUUUAAGAAUUCUUUAUACAAGUUUCUAUUCAAAUGUGGUUUAUUGUUUGUAGAUGUUCUAACAACCAUGGCUGCCUUGGCCUUUUCCUGUUAAUUGACUUGGUUUAUGAAAAACUUUUCCUAAAAAAAUAUCAUUGAAACUUGCUACCAAACUUCCCAAAAUGCUUGAUGAAGUUGUUACAAGAAACUAUGUUGGGUUUAUAAAUUCAUAUCAUUUGUCUAUCACAAUUAUGUUCCUCUGAAAAUCUUUGACAAAUCUUGUUACUCUAAUGGUAAUUGCAAAUUCUAAGAAUUGCCACUGAACGUUAAGCAAACAAUGAAUCAAUCAAAUUCUAGUUAGCUGUUAACAGAUGGCAAUGUUUGCAUUGAAUCUUAAAGGGAGUUAAAACUUUUAUCUUAUUUACAAACACAGACCGUACUUUGACCCAUAAUGGUUUUUUCUUUUACAAAUUGUGACUUGGAUGGAGAGUUGUCUCAUUGGCACUCAUAUAUGACAUCUUCUUAUAUCUAUAUACAGCUGGACAGAUUGCAAUGAGAUGCAAUCAUACCAGAAUGUUCUUUGAUUUUAAUUCCUUUGGACAAUAAAUGUAAAGUGUUCAGUUUUCAAUGUUAGUCCAAAGGUAACAUGUUAAGUGGAGAUAACUCUGCCAUCCAUUUUUUUCUAAACAGCCCAUUUAGAUGUUAUACAGUAGGAAUUAAAUGUCAGCAAUUGAAAUGCAUUAUUCUGUGUACCUAAUUUUUUUAGUACUUUGAUCAAUCAAUAUAUUAAUUCUGAAAAAAAAAAAUUGAUAUAUGUCAUAUAAUUUAACAUGCACUUGUUUUUAAAAAUAUUUAAAUUAUUUAGAAUUCUUAUUUUAGUAUGGUUUUUUUUAAAGAUUAUCUGAAUCUCAAGUAUUGUGCCAAAUUUUUAUUUAGAUUUCAAGAAUGCAAUAUAUUAUUGCUAAAAUCAGUUUGAAUACAAUGAAACUUACAAAAAAAUAGUACAUUUUUUAUGCAGUUGAUUAACAUGUACAUUAUUUUUCCUGACUGUUUAUAUGAUUUCUUAGUAUUUCAGAUACACCAUGACGUUCAACAGUCCAAACUUUAUUUUCAAUCUUUUAUAGAAAUUCAUUUAUACAUAAGAAUUUUUUUCAAGAUGUAUAAAGUGAUAUUGCAUUAAAUAAAUGUAUGACUAUGCCUGAUGUAUCUAAUGUUACAAAGCUUUGUAAAAUGUGAAUCCUUAAAUAGUUAUUGUUAGAUUAUGAAUAUUUAUGAUAUGCAAAUUAAAGAUAUUGUUGUUAAUAUGGUUUGGCAUACAAAAUGAAAAGUAAACACAAAAUUUA